UCAUAAUCCCUCACCCACUUAAGAAACUGCGGGGACUCACGAUCCGCCCCCAUGUCCAUUUCCACUCUCUCCCGAUCGGGUGAUGGACAGCUACUUAUUCUCCCGAUUUUUUGGUCCCUUGCCUCCUGUUUUGGCCCGUCUGGAGACUCCAUGUCUUGGCAUUGCGUGUGGACUACUUCAUGAAAAUGUCAACUCGGGGCUUGGGCAGGUUUACCCAUGCAUCCGUAACGGCAGGGGUAUCAACACGAUCAACCCCCGAUUUUGUUGCCCAGCGUAACAUAUGAGAGAGAC